AUGAACCCCAAUCAGGACCAAGUUAGUCAGAAACCAAAAGCAGAACAAUCGGAGAAACCGAAACAGUUCCCAAAAGAGGUUCGCUACUCAAGAGUUUGCGAGAAGACUCAUACCUUGAUUGUAUUCGCCCAUGGAGAAGACAAGAAACUCGGAAGAUACAUCUUCACUGGAUCCGACUUCGUGAAAGCUCCCCAUUGUGAAUGCGAGACCUGUUUGAACAUUGACAAGUUCCACAAUGUCAGUGACCCACACGGCGGAGCUUUGGGGAACGUCGGCGAGCAACAUGAUUCGGAAUUCAACAGAUUGAUCCCGAUCAGCAUGAAGUGGACGACGUGCCGCCAACGAGCUAGGUUUGUAUACUUUGCUCACGAAAACGGAUCUAUCGGAAGAUGGGUACACAGCCCCGAAGGAUACUACCCACAUUCGGAACCUCUUAAAUCUAUCAAGUGCCUUCCAAUGGAGAGCAAUAUCCCAAUAAUGGACACCGAGUUCACCUUGAGUCACGCUGUGUUCUGCGCACAUCUGAAGGACAAAGUCUACUACUGUACUAGAGAAGGAAUUAUGGAACAGCUCAUUUUCAACAAGACCCAUCUCCAUUUUGAACGGAUCAAGUGCAAGCAUUGCAUCUCUGACAAAUGCGGAGAUCCUGCUGGUCGGAAGUAUCAGGCGGAAGCAAUCCCAACUUCCAAGUCGGACACUUUUGUUGGCAUCUACCAGGGUGCCAAUAAUCAACUGCAAUGGACCAAAUUCAAUACCAAUAAUAGGUUUGAUGUGCAAUCAGAUAUGGUUCUCGAUUGCCGCUCAAUGCCACUUCAUGAGAUCCAGAAACGCCAUCGAUACAUUUACAACCGCAAGUUGGGUGUCUUAGAGGAGCACCUCUGCCAAUCCGAUGGACGCUUCCGCCAAAUCAUGUACACCGAAUUCAAUACAACUGGAGAGAUCGUUUGGAUGAAGGAUACUCGUGAUACGAUCCUCCCAUUCAGCAGAUCUGAUCUUAUGGGUCGAACAAGUUUCGUAGAGAUCACAGCGGAGCAGUUGCAUGAGAAACGACAGAAAGGAGCAAAAAUCGCGGCAUUUUUGCGUUGCGGCGAAUUCCAGGAGCAGGAGGCAUUUGAUCCAGCAAGCUGUGAUCACUGUUGCAACAAGCGAGGCUUGAAGAAACUCGAAAAACAGUGUGUCGAUCGAUUGGGUGCAUACGGUAGUGGUCCAUAUGGAAGUGGUCAUCCAUCUUUUGACCGCCCCGGUGAUAGAGCACGUUCAAUGGAUGCAUGGCCAGCUACUAUUUAUAUCCCUUUCCCAACCCUCCCGCAAAUCCCACCGUUUCCAAGACCACUAAAUUUUCCAAUCGCAUCACGGCAAUUUCCAAUGCCAUACGUUCUUCCAUCAUACCAACCGUUUCAAUGGGUUCCACAGGAACCCACGAGAGCACCAGCGGCCAAGAGAGAGCAGCCGAGGAAGGAAACAGUGCCAAAGACAGAAAAAGAAGAGAAGAUCAACGACAUUGAUGAAAUUUUGGUGCAACUGAAAGAGGAUGAUAGGCUCGACCAAAUAACGGCUGAAGUGGAAACGCCGCAGGUUCACUUGCUCAAAAGUCAGCUCCAAGAGAUUUUCCAAGACAAGGAGCCACAGGAAAAGCCAGAAUAUCACUCAAAAGAUGAGGAAGCUCGUGCAAUGAUCUUUGCUAAACACCCAGAAACUGAAGUCCGCGAACUACCAAGCGAAUUCUUCACGAUGAACACCGUCGACAGUAAACUGUCUAAAGACAAGGACGAUUUUCACCUCCCUGGAUUGCCAUCAGCAAAAGACAUCAUGACGAACUACGCGGACAUGAAAAAGAAUUGGCCAACCGAAUAUCAACGACUUCAAGAUCGAUGUCGUGUCGAAUUGGAAAAGAUAAAAAAGUUGGAGAAAUUGGCCGAACUCGAAACGAAAAGCAUCCAGGCGGAAUUGGUGAAACGGCAGCAAGAGGAAAAUAUCGCGCGGAAGUGUCGUUUGGAAAAACGUCUUCUUGAAGCUUCGAAACAGUUUGAAGAAACAGCUACUGGUAUCAAGAAAAAUCAAGAGGCUCUGGCUAAGCUUUACGAGAUGGAUCCUGCCAUUAAGACAUGUGUUCAUAAUGUGCUAGCUGCUGGACAUCAGUUGGCUGAGAAGAGAGAACUUGCAAACGAACAUUUGUUGAAGAGCAUAGAAAAGGCUAAACAAUUACAGAUGCAUCUCUAUGAACCGUCAGAGAUAAUGACUCACGAUGACUUGUUGAAGUAUGACGCAAGAGUCAAGGAGGUAUACUUUGGAGAAUCCGAAUCCAACGAUGAGAAGAAAAAUGGGUCAGGUCCAUCGACUUCGAGUGAUCCAGAAGAAGAAGAAGAAGAAGAAGGAUCAAGUGAGGAUUCUGACAUCUCAGAUGAAGAAGAAUCUUCUGAUGACUCGGAUCUGGAGCAAUUCGACAUGAAAACCAUCGUUGAUAGUCUUCACAAUCGAAUGAAUUUGGAUUUGGAUUAG